AUGAUAGCGAAAGGUGAUGAAAGUCCAAUAAUAUAUUUUAAACAACAGGGAAACAGUGACAAUAAUGUUCAAAGUUUUACAAAAGAUGAUUUUUGUCUAAUCAUAAUGACACAGUUUCAGUCAGAGUUACUAAUGAAAUUUGGAAAUGAUAAAGUAUGUAUAGACGGAACUCAUGGGUUAAAUGAGUAUAAUUUUCAGUUGUAUACUAUAGUUGUGGUGGAUGAGUUUGGAAACGGAUAUCCCGUUGCAUUUUGUUUUUCUAAUAAAUCUGACACCGCUUUAUAUAAACAUUACUUUCAGUGCAUUAAAAAUGUAACCGGUAAAAUUACAGCAAAUGUGUUUAUGUCCGAUGAUGAACCAGCGUUCUAUAACGCCUGGAACGCUGUAAUGGGGCCUGCAGAAAAACAGCUUUUAUGUACUUGGCAUGUAUUAAGAAAUUGGACAAAAAAUUUAAGCAAAAUACAAUGCAAUGAAAAGAAAACCAUUGUAUUCAAAACCUUAAAAGCACUGUUGUAUGAAACUAAUGAACAUUAUUUUUAUAUUGAACUCCAAAAAGUAUUAGAUGACUUAUUUAAUGAUACAGAGACUGAAGAUUUUGGGAAGUACUUUAAAAUGAUGUAUUCAUGUAGAGUAGAAAAGUGGGCAUAUUUCAAUAGAAAACACAUUGGUAUAAAUACAAAUAUGUACUUAGAGGCACUUCACAAAACCAUAAAAUAUAGUUAUUUAGAUGGGAAAAAAUGUAAACGCUUAGAUCUGUCAAUCAAUGCACUUAUGUCAUUAGUUAGGGACAAAAGUUUUGAAAGGAUAAUUAAAAUUGCAAAACAAAAAAAAACUUCUAAAAUUAAUCAAAUUAUUGCAGCUCAUAACAAAUCUUCUGAGGUAACAUCAAAUAUGAUAUCAGAAGUUGAUGAUUACUGGUUGGUUAAUUCUACAACUAACUACAAUGUCCAUUAUAAAGUUGAGAAAACAAAUUUUUCAUGUAGUGAAUGUGUUUUGAGUUGUGUUGAAUGUCAGAUAUGUGUUCAUACCUAUAAGUGCUCAUGCAUGAAUAAUGUAAUUUACUUUAAUAUUUGCAAGCAUAUUCAUGCAUGUGCAAAACAAAAAAAAAAUAUUUUAUUACCAUGUAAACCUGCAGUAACUUCAACAUCUUUAACAUAUGAAUUAGCUGUUGAUAAUGGUUUCCUACAACCAAACGAAACUCAGCCAAAGUUAGAUGAAAAUACAGWUAAUACAGGAGAAAUCACAAAUAAGUUAGAGUCAAUACUGGGAAUGAGCAUUUUGAGCUUUUAUGAAGAUUACGGAGCRGAGUUAUUUGCUUUAUCAGGCAUAAUUAAAAUCGAAAAUAUCCCUCGAUCUGUUAUUCAACUCYACCUAAAGUAG